AGUAAUAUCUCUGGCUAAGGCCAGUGACUGCCUUCUCGCACAUGGCAAGAAAGCCGCCGCUCAGUUUGGUUCGCGACCAGCGUCUGCUGUGGUGCGUUGCAGUGCCGUCUGCGCGUGCGUGUGCGAUGUAAACAAAGACUGCGCAAGUUUUUCGCGAGUGUUUUUUAGUACCGUUUCUAAAGUCGUUCUAUUGUAUUCGUGUCUGAAUUGGUUUACUUUAUUAUAUCCGGUUAAUUGAUUAAUUUACCAGACUGAAGAGUUUUUUUCAGAAGAUACUGAACCGGCGUGGAAUGUUUUAAACUAGGCGCGCAGUAUGCUGACAGCCUAGCCGCGAUCCAGGGCCGCGACAUGGAGACGGUGCAGGUGCACAUGCCGGUGCGCGUCACGGUGGAGGCGGUGGACGACGUGGGCGUGGGCGGGGCCGCGCCGUGGGAGGGGCCGCGCCCCCGCGCGGGGGUGGGUCUGGAUGGCGAUCCGGCGGCGUCGAGCAGCUCGCACAGCCUGCCGCUGGUGCUGGAGUCGGGCGCCGACUCGGCCCCCGAGCUGGGGCCGCCCUCCGCCGACAAGCGCGGCCGCCGCAAGUCGUGGCACAUUAAGAUGGAGCGCAAGCGCCGCAAGGGAGUCAUCGGCAACGUCGCCGCCGCCGACCGCCAGAAGAGGCCCUCCUGGUGGAACAUCUUCGUGCCCGACCACUGGCCCAGGUCGCGCCGCGCGUCGCAGGACCUGAGCCGGCCGACGGAGAGCGGCGCCACCUACCUGCGGAGCAAGAGCCGCAGCGUGGACCAUGGUUUCGUGGCGCCUUUCGACUUGGACUCGCUGCGCUCCAAAGUGGAGGGCCGCUUUGAGUCCGUUGACAAGCUCUCCAGAUCCGAUUCUGAUGGCGGAGGUCCCGGAAAGGACGGCGCCCCUCUCGGGGAGCGCCGACCCGCUUCUGCCCCGCCCCCAAUCGAGACGACGACGUACACGGUGGCAGCGAACGACACCCUUACGUCCGUGGCGGCGCGGUUCGACACGACGCCGUCAGAGCUGGCAAAGCUGAACCGGCUGGGCGCGCGCCUCAUCUUCCCCGGACAGGUGCUGCGCGUACCCUUGCGCGGGCCUGCCGAGGGAGCGGACCGACAGCAGCCGCCGCUGCAGCCGCCGGCGCCUGCGCACCCAGAAGGGCAGCUGACGCCAGCCGCCGCCGCUGACGCCGCGCGGCCCUCUGCAGAGACAGAUAUUCUGGAGAGCUUGCGGCCUGUAUCACCCAAACCAACUGGUCCACCUGUGACCAGUGAAGCAACGCACCCCUCCCACCCUGAUACUACAGGCAACAGUGGUGCAUCGCUGGAGGAGCAGCGAGCUGAAAGACGUUUCCUCAAGAUCAAUGUGCGGCACAUAACUGAUGGGCAGGGUGUUGUUGGUGGUGUGCUGCUCGUGACGCCUAAUGCAGUAAUGUUUGACCCAAAUGUAUCUGACCCCCUAGUUAUUGAGCAUGGUCCAGAGAUGUAUGGUGUAAUUGCUCCAAUGGAAUAUGUGGUAAAUGCAGCUAUCUACUAUGACAUUGCCCACAUGAGAGUGGGCCACCAUACUGGUGACAACAAAAGGGCAGACACACCCAAGCCGGAAAUAUACCAUUCGAAGGCCUUUCAGACCUACGAGAAAGGACAGAACUCACCAGGCAAGGAUUCUCUUCUAGUGAAGGAUGAGACUUUCCCAGAGCUUGCUGGCCCAGCUCGAUCUUCCCCAGAGGACAAUGAGAGCGAGUGUUCAUGCCCUGGACGUGAAGAUGGUGAUGCCUUUCCCAAGGCCUUUGAACGGGAUCUCGUGACACCUACUAACCUGGCAACCACAGCAGAAAAUGGGACUGAUGCGGACAGCAGACAGGUGUCUUUUGAAUCUUGCACCUCUGGUUCUCAGACAAAGGACGGUGUAGAAGAGACGACUGAAGCAGAUGAUGAUGACUAUGAUGAUGAUGAUAUUAUAAAGGCACUGAGAUCUGCAGAAGAGCGACGUCGCUCUUGUAUUGAUCAUCACUGGGCUGUACCUAGCAGCGAACGAGAUCGCUCCUUGGAAAAAGAUGAACUUGAAGCAGAUGGAGAAAGAAAUGACACAGCAGUAAGUGCUCCAUGUGAUGGCCUGCUAGAGAAACACAGCUGCCAUGAUUCUGGCAUAGAUAUCCGAGAAGUAGGAGCACUUGGAGAUCAGGCACAACCACCUGGAACUCAUUCAGUCCAGGAACAGCAGGAAGAUGAGGAGGAGGAGGAAAUACCUAUUGUAUUACCUAGUAAGAAGGUGUUUUCCGAUGCAGACAUAAUUCUUGCACCAAAGACUGAAUGGGUACCACCUCGAACUGUGUCAGGUCCAACUCAUGUUCACACGUCCCAAGACUCUCCUCCUGUUAAUGAAUCUGGUAGGAAGAAAACUUCAUCAGUGUCCUUCAGUCUUGAUUCAAAUCAAGAGGGGGAUUCAGGCAGUGAUAAAGGUGAAGAAGGUGGUCAAAAAAGUGAUGAUCCAGAGAAACAAGAGAGCAGAAAGAAUAAGAUGCUGAAAAGGCUGUCAUACCCACUUUCAUGGAUGGAAGGAAUAACUGGUGAAAAAGAUGACAAAGAUCCUCUGGUGGGACUACCAACGCCUUCCGCUGUAGAUGCGCAGCAGCACUCAUCAAUGUUUUCCAAAGUGUUUUCAAGGCGAUCAUCAGUUGGGACUUUCAUCCGCCAGCAACAAGAACCUCGAUCAGCACCCACCGCAGAAGCCUGUUGCUCCAAAGCUGGACUAUCGUAGUAUGUGUCUGUUGAGGACAUGCCUGAACUUUUUGUUUCAUUUGAUAAAUUGAUACCAAGACCAGCAAGAUCCUGUGAAGACCCACCACUUUACUUAACACUGAGAAUGGGGAAACCAUUAAAUAAAAAGAUUCCAAAGUCAACCCCCAUUAUGUCAUAUGGGAAAAAGAAAAUGAGGCCAGAAUACUGGUUCAGUGUACCCAGGAACAGGGUUGAUGAACUGUACAGUUUUCUGAUGCUGUGGAUCCCCCAUCUUUACGGUGACCUGGAAGAAAUAGACUUCAAAUCACGUGGUUAUGAGUUAGUGGAAUCAGAUACAGAACUCUGGGACGAUGAAGUUGGAGAUGGAAAUGGUCGAACAGGGGAUAGUCGGUCUCGGUCAGGCAGUGAUGGUGAUGCAGAAUUGGGGGAACUGACACGUGAAUCGUGGGAGGAGGCGUUCUCACGGCUGCCGUAUAACGGAAUCAGUCGGCUGCAGAAGAUUAUCAUCGAAUCAGUCCAGGGGACCUUCACGCGGCUGCCGUAUAACGGAAUCAGUCAGCUGCAGAAGAUAAUCAUCGAGUCAGUUCAGGUGCUUUCUAUGAGCGAGGAGUUACGCCGUGCACUGUAUGCCAAUAAUUCCACCAGUAUUGACUUGGAAUUUACAUUGCCAGAACUUUCGGGUACAACAGAGAUUUUGUCAGAAGAGCACAGACGCAAACUUUGCAGGCACUUGCCUGCCCGAGCUGAAGGGUAUGUGUGGACACUUGUGUUCAGUACCUCACAACAUGGUUUCAGUUUGAACUCAAUGUAUCGGAAGAUGAACAGGUUGGAGAGCCCAAUCCUCUUAGUUAUAGAAGACACAGAGAAUAAUGUAUUUGGUGCCUUGACAUCAUGUGCCCUGAAAGUGAGUGACCACUUCUAUGGAACAGGAGAAUCACUUCUCUUCAGAUUUACACCAGAGUUCCAAGUGUUCAAUUGGACGGGAGACAAUCUGUAUUUCAUAAAAGGCAACAAUGAAAGCCUUUCGAUUGGAGCUGGCGAUGGAAAAUUUGGUUUAUGGUUAGAUGGUGACCUCUAUCAGGGGCGGACAGAGCCUUGCAGUACUUACGGAAAUGAGCCUUUGACGCCACAGAAAGACUUCGUUGUGAAGACCUUGGAAUGCUGGGCUUUCAUCUGAACAGUGCUGCUGAAAGUGCUCAGAUUCUAGGAAUGCAAACAGAAUGACAUUUGAAAAUACUGAAUGCAUGUUUCUGCCAGCUUUAUUUUGUAAGAAGUGUAAUUGAAAACAACUGCUAAUGCGCAGUUUUAUUAAAAGUUUAUCCUUGAUAAUGGACUGCAUGAUCUGGAAAAAUGUGCGGAGUCACCAGGCUCCGAUAACAGCUUUGUUUGAUAGACAAUAUGUUGUUUUGUAUUUUUGUGUGGAAUAUUUAAAUAAUAGGAUGCUUUUAUGUAUCAUGUAGAAGGGUGAUAUUUCUUCCAAGAAGAAUAAUGGAAAUUAGUACAAGGAUAAUGCAUAGAAUUUGUACAGUGUACAUAAAUUGUAACUCUGUAGUCUGGUAAGUGUACAGUUGCUGUAUAAGAGAUUAGUCAGGUAAUUUCUGUCCGUGAAAUAGGAAACGAAUUUGUAACAGAUCACUCAGAAUUAUUGAAUAACAGCUGGUGAGAUAUGCAGUGCAUGGUUAUACUUAAGAGCAGACUGUUUUGAUCAGUUAGGCUGUUGAACAGUGAGUAAUGAAAGUUGUCAAGCUAAGGUGAAAUGAAAGUGAAUUAACCAUUGUUCUGGAAGAUGAUUUUCUAGACUGCAGAUGAUUACAUGAGUUACUUUUAGAUCAAUCUGUUAAGUGCAAGCAGCAUGUUUCUCAAUUAAUUGGUACUUGCAGAAGGUGAAAAUUCUGUAUUUGAAAGAGGCUAAUCUAUAGAAGAGUGAAGACUAUUUCUUGAUGUCAAUGAGGAGUAACAUUUCAAGCACAUUUCAAAUUGUGUCUCUUGCUAAUUGUACGAAAUCCUAAAAUCAGACAUUAGAAACAACGAAAUUUAGUGUAUCACAUAUCACAGUAAAAGUUCGAAAUAACCAGAUUUGUAUGAACUUAAAUUGUGCUGCUCUGAAUAUUUUAUUUAAUAAAGACUGGUGCGAAGUUACCAUUCAUAUACCGACUGACUGAUAACUUGGAAGCUUUUGAUGAGAUGGACAGUACAGUUACCAGUAAUUUUUUCUGAGAUCUGACACUGUUCUCUCAGUGUUUCGCAUUUGGUAAAACUUUGUGUUAAUGGAAAUAUCUGUACUGAUUUAAAAAAGAAAAAGCCUAUUCAAACAACUUCAUUAAAGCAGUGGGACUGUUAAACCACAAAUUGUCUAAAACAAUUUUAAAUUAUCGACAGAUACAAAAUAGAAGUUUACAAAUGUCAUAUAUACACAAAGAGGCAUUAUGUUCUAUUAGCAAAAUAAAAAUUGUUUCAGUAUGUAGAAAUGGUCACAAAAAUGACAAGUAUAAUGACAAGUAUAAUGAUGAAAAUGUGAAAUAUCAUAGUUUAGAUCAAUAUAUUUGUAUGACACUAUCCUUCAAUAUAUUUUUUCUGUAUUUUGCUGGAAAAUGUAAUAUUAAAUUGCAGUAAAUAUUAUAAUCUAGAAAUGUUAAGAACUGCUCACCUCAGAAGAAAUGUGGAAAAUACAAAGCAUUCUGCGGGCAGCCUUGAUAUUCGAUUAGUAUUUAAAAUGGACUUAAUGCUUUGGGCUUGCCAAACCAUUAAUGCAUACAACGGAUACUGUAUAAAAUUGUUAGUGUUGCCUUAAAUGUGUGCAAAUGCAAAUAUGUUGAAUAUGUGGGAGAUGUGCUGUUUCCUGCUUCAUUGUUGCUGUGUGUGAAUGAAUGUGGUAUUUUAUUUUUUUACACUGAUGUAGUGCUGUUUUCUGUACUUGUUUUCUGCCAUUAUAUUCAUAAUAAUGUACAGUGAAAAUAAUUAAAUUUAUUCUUGCAGUGGCCAUAAAUGGUUGCUUCAUUUGCUUUUAUUUUCCUUUUGAACUUGGUUUCAAUUUUUUUGACUAGUACAAAGUGUGUAAAUGAGGGAUUAUUAUCUGAUCUUCAGAUAAUUACAUAUGCAACAUGAUUUUGCUUAGACAUUUUUCAGACUGAUUUACACAUGCGGCAACCAAACUUACUUAGACCAGGAACCCUUGCUCUAGAACUGUUCGCAUACAGAACCUACACAUACAAAAUGUCAGCUUUGGCAUGAAGUGUUAGAGCUGUAGCCUUUAGUUUUGUUUUUUUUUUCCUGCUGCUUUGAUAAAUGGGUAGUAAUGUCUCAUCUCAAGUUCACAUAGUUGUAGAAUCAGAAAAGUUUUGAUAUUAAUUCUCACAUAAAUCACUUAAUUUUCUGCAAAGUGCUAACGUAAAAGUUAUUGAAGCUAGUAUUACAGCCAGAUUAUUUUUAUUUUAAUGGGUGUUUUUUUCCAACUCAACAUUGCUUCAGUCACAAGUAUGUGCAUGAUUGUCUCUUCUUAUAAGAAAUCAAUACUCCUUUUUAAGAUUUUUGAAAUUCAUACAGCCUAAGUCUAAGCAUGUUAGACCGCAUAUAUGUUUAUUAGGCAAUGUUACAUUGUUACAAGCUAUUUAGUUUGUCGCUGGAUGUUGAUAUGUAUUUGGAUAAAGUAAUGAAAAUAUGAGAGGAUAUUACAGUGCUUAUUUUUUGACAUUGUUAGUGACACACUACAUUCCAAAAAUUUCCGAUUAUGUAACAAUCCUUUUAAGAAAAGGGUGACAUAUGGGAACAAACUUGGCAUGCUCUAGUGGCUGAUGUAUUACCAAGACGACUUGUUACAGAUCAAGGGAAGAUCUGUCUAGCAGACAGUUGCUUUACUAGGGCUAUAAUUAUCAGAACAAUAACUCUUCCUCAAAUACUCAACUUUAGGAUUAUCCUAAUUUCUACACCUUUUACGAAUGUCAAAAUAUAAUUGUUAAUUGACAGUGAUAAGGUUAUGUAGUUUGUUCUGCACAUGCUGUCUCCAGGCACUAAAUAAAUGACUAAAUAAAAAAAAAAAGUACACACACAUCGGAACCAUGACAGUGAUGUGUAGAAUUUCUAGUGAAUCUGAAUGUGAUACAUUUGUUUCUACACUUGUGUUGUUUACAUAGUUAUUAAAGGUAAUGGUAAUUAGUAUCACAUGCACAGCUGCCUGGCUGAAUUAUCAACAUGAACCAGUUAUUUAUUUCAUUUACACAGCUUUGAAAUCUUAGAUCAUUAUGAAAUGUAAAAAUGGAACAAAUUUAAUUAUAGUAGUAACUGUAUUAUAGAAUAGUGAUUGCUUCAUUCACUGUUAUUCUGGUAACAGCUAAAAGAAAUUCAUGUUUACGAGUAGGCAAGUGUUCAAUUAUUGGUAGAGCUGCCACAUUGUAGGUGCUAAACCUUAAACAUUUUUGUCAAGUGAAAUGUAAGUUUGGAGUAAUUUUGAUGGUGAUGCUAAGUUCAUACUCAGCCUUUCUUAACAAAGUCUCUUGUUUGCAACUUGUGCUGCAGCAUCGGAAACACUUGGAGACAUUGAUAUGUGCCUGGGUGGCAUAGUGUGUGAACUAGAGAGACAGAUAUGAUCGGACUUGGCAUCUGGAAGUGUUGAUAACAAAUCAAAAUAGGAAAAGUUUAUCAUGCUUUAUUAAAGCCUGUUCAAUCAGAAGUCUUCACACAGUUUUCAAUGUUUAUUGUAAUUCGUGUGUUGUUCAUCACUUGAAACUUGCCUUCCUUUUCGCAUUUUAUGGGAAUAUCUCUGCCCAUUUAAUGCUUCUUUCUUUCAGAUAUUUUAAUAAAGGAACUCAAGAACAUGGCUCACUUGUGGCAUAUACUGCCAGCAGGACAUAACCAGGGGGCGGCUAGAUGUGGCCCCACCAAAAGUAGGGGCACAGAUGUAGUGCAGAAACUGGAAAAAUCAGUUUAAGAAUUAGGUUGGGGCUAAAAGGUGCUUAUCCAUACAUGAAAAUAGUUUUGAGAAUAUGUAAGACAAUCCCAAAGACUGUAGCAUCUUACGAAUGCAUUUUCAGCACAUUAAUGCCGAUAGCUACAUUUGAAAGUCUGCCUUCACCUUCAUUUGACCUGAAUUAAUUUAUCUUGUCAAAAGAAUAGGACACAGCUGCUAAUCUCCAGUGACCUAAUUAAUUCUCAAUGCUAGGAAAUGCACAGUAAAAUUAUAAUAAAAAGACUGUUGAUGGAAACAUAUUUUUCAACUCCUGUUAAUGUUAAAUAUCCUUUAUUACUAAAGAAAAAAUUAUGCACUAAAAUUUGAGCAGCAAAUAAAAUGUGCUUCAUAGUAUACCAUACUAAAACUAAUGUACAGUCCCAUAAACUACACUAUACAGAUUUUGAUUUCUUUUAAAUUUUUAGGAAGCUUAAACAAUUUGUAAUUUAUUUACUACAAUGAUGCAUCUGACUUACUAUUUGUAAUAUUCUUCAUAAAUAUAUAUUUACAUUUUUUCAUUAUUGCUUCAUUUAUAUUAUACUUAUUUACAAACUUUAAAUCUGGAUUGAAAACUACAAGAAGGCAGUUUUACAGGUGAGGGGGAGGGGGGGGGGGGGGGGGUUGCAGCGCACAACUUUGGCAGGGGCCACAAUAUUACAUUGUUAGGGCUCUAGCUGCAGGGUCUUUGAAUGAUUGAUUAAAAAUAUUUAUUUAUUUAAUUUUUUUAGUAAAGACCUCAUUUUGAGAGCACAAUUCUGAAAUGGUGUGAUAUUAAAGAAUACCGAGUGGAAAAACAAAGAAAUAACCAUAUAGGGCAGCCAUUUAGCAGCAUAUAAGCACAAAAAAUAGAACAGUCAUUCUAUUAUUAGUCAGAACCGACAGAUUUUUCAUUUUUUGCCAAAAAUGAAGACUCUGUUCAGAGUAACCUCGAUUUAAUAAAAAGCCAAACAUUUUAGUUACCAUAAGUGAGUAUUUUAUUCACUUAAAAUUGAAAUAAAUAUUUGGUGUGUUCGACAUUAGAACUGAUACUUUACAUUUCUGAGUAGUUAUGAAAACAUUUUCUUGAGUCAUUAGUAGCCUGAAGAGUUUUAAUCAAUACAAUUCUGUCUCUGCCCAUUGCCAGUCUUAGGAGUCAAACAAUUUUUUGUGCAGUAUCUCUCUAUCUCUCUAGUAUUCAUUAUUGCCAAAUAUCCAUUUCCCUGUGCUGUGUUCGAAUAAAUUGCCCUGAAUUUUGAACCAUCGUGGUCACUAUUUAAGACUUGUCAGAUACAGAAUGUCACUGUCUACAGCAAGAGAAACAUAUAUCAGCAGAAAACAUGACUAGAGUGGUUACAUUGCAUGAAAGAUACAGGCCUUCCACACUGCUGCUCAUUCUGCAGCAAUAUGCAUAAAGAAUUGAGCUUCCUUGCCAUAUUCCCUGUACAAAGGGCCUAAAAGUACCCAAGGAAAAGUCCAUAACCUGUAAACACUAAAGUUCUGUUCAUUGCCAGUACCAUAUCAUACAGAAAUGCCCAAGAAAAUGGCCUUUGUAAACCAAAAUAUUAAUUACAAAUUAUAAAAAAAUUACUGUUCUUAUUUCAGUACAUUUCCAGUGAAACCCAUUUUUGACUGAGCGUAUUUAGUCUGGUUUCUGCAAUGACUAAAGAUGCUAAAGAAGUCCAUUCACAACCUAUAUUUGAUAUAUUAGGGUGUUUGUCCUGAACUUUAUUACUAAGUCCACUUCUAUGCUAUGGAUUUAUAUCAGUGAAAUAUCUUUGACUUUCCUUGAAAUACUGGGUUUACACCAACAUUAACUCAGUGACAGGUUCUACAUUUUUCAGCCAAAUCUUAGUGGUUUUUGCAUUGGAACCAUUCUCAUUGCUGAAUGAAGCUGCCUGUGUGGUACAAUUUCACGUUUGUCACCAGGAGAAUGAUAAUCAGCCUUAUGCUUCUGGUAUGACACCAACUUGAAAACAAUACUGUAACCAGUUCUCCCAAUUAGUAAUAAAAUGUUUCAUCUCUACUACUAUUGGGUAGGUAGCACAUUGGUAAGACAUUGGACUCACUUUGGGAAGAUGACAGUUUAAAAUCCAAAGUCUGGAUGAGGAAAUAGGAAUUUCAUUUCCAUAAAACAGUUGAAACAAAUGCUGAGGUAGAUCUUGUUAAAGGGACAAGGCUGCUUUACUUUCACAUGUUUUUGCCAAUCCGUGCUUAUGCUAUAGCUCCUAUGUUCCAGUUGUAAAUGAGUUGUAGAACUCUUAACCUUACUUCCCUUUCUUCUCUCAUCCUAUUUGAAUUAUUCUCAGGACUGUGUAACCAUUCAGGCAUUGCCAUAAUUAAGAAGAGGAAAUUUCUCACAUUGAGAGCCUUUAUUGAAUAAAGAUCCUUCAGAAGACGUCAGUUUCGCUAUCCUUCCUUCUACUGUUGAGAGCUGAGCAGUAUAAGUUACUCCUUGUUACUGUAGUAAUACUAACAAAUUUGUCGCUUGUGUUAAUAUAUAUGGUAGGUUUAGUGUCAUAUGUGUGACAAGCUAUGGUAUAAGUAGGCUAGCAGCUGUUUCGGGCAUAAAUAAGGCUAGACGAUGUGUACAGUGGCUAUUACAGAAAGGUUUGUAAAUAUGUUACAACAUAUUAUCAUUACACAUUCUUUAAAAAAUCAAAUGCAUCUUUGGCCAUUAAGGGUUACAAAGGUCAACACAGUUCUCGGAAAAAGUGUUUUUUAUUUUUUUAUUUAUUUUUUUAGUUAUUUUUUAUUAAUGCACCUUGGAAUGGCAGUGCUGGACACAUGAGCAGCUUUGGCAAAAGGGUAGGUUUAUUUCUUACAUUACUCUCGCUUUACAAACAGUCGGCUGUUAAUAUUUAGAAAGUUUAAAUUUUGUAAACACUGUAUCAUUAACCUACAUCUUGUUUGCAGAACAUCAUACACUCCUGUUUUGUAUUGUACACUAUAAAGUUUGUCUCUCUCUUUCUUUUUGGAGGAGGAGGAAAUGUCAGAUUUCUGUAGCAAGAAUGUAAAGCUAUCUCUGGCUUUAUUGAUCAUCUCAUGUUCUCUGAAUGCUCUGAAUAUAUUUUGUUUAUUCUCCAUCUAUAUAGAAUGAAGGAAUAAUGAACGUGCAGCUUAAAAAUAGCUUCGUUAGCUAGUAUGGCUAUGAAAUUAGUUUAAUAGUAGUGGUACUUGCUUACAUAAGUAUCAAAAUAUAUGUAGAGCGCCACUUAAACUCCUCCACCCCCCCCCCCCCCUUCCCCAACAAAGUGACAGUUUCAAAGUCUCUUACGGGGAGUAGACAGGAAGAUGAAUAAAAUUUGUCUAGCAUCCAAAUGCUUCAUUUAGAGGUAAUUUAUAUAAUUCACGUUAGUGUAAAGUAGCAACUGAGGUAACAAGUAAUGUUUGGUUGCUCUCGUGUUAUGCUUUAGUCUGUAAUUGUGCUUGGGCUGCUGUGAAUAUUUCUGCAGUGAAUAUUUAUUUUUAUCAAAGAUGCUUUUUUAGGUUGCAUAGGUUCCUAUGUUAUUGUCAACACAAAAAUGUGAGAGAGGAGGAGGGAGAGAGAGAUUUUUGUCUAAUCAUAUAGCUUCUUAGUGUAAAAUAUAUACACUUAUCGAUUGUACAUAAAGAAUAAAUUAUUUUGUAACACAUGCAUAAUGUUGCCAUUUGUUGUUAGUAUACUGAGACAAGUGAUAACUGUUAGCUGUAAUGAUAAAACGAUGUAAGUCGGUGUUUUUUGUGCUUAACAAAAAUAUAUGCACUGGAUAUAAGGGAUGUGUUUGUGCUCAGUAGUAACAAAAGGAAAAUAUAAACAAAUUUUAACUGGUUUGUCAACAAAAACAAUGGGAAAUGUUAAUGAAAGAGAGAUAGCACUUAACAAAUUAAUUGUUGUGUAAAAGGGUCUUUGAGAUAAGCUUACAUUGUUGUCUAGUAAAGACUUUAGUCUAUGUAAUGAUUGCAUAAAUCUGCAGAAAUGUGCAUGACUUUAGAUAUUAAAUUUGUUAGUAGUUACAAUUUAAGGCAGCCUGGCUCCAUUCUGAAAAAAGUAUUGUCUGCAAUAUCCCUAAAACAUGUUCAAAAAAGAGGUGUUUUACAGCAGAAUAUCAAGAGUGAUAACAGAGAUGCUCCACAUCCUUGAAGAGUUUUGGUUGAAAAGUGUUAGCAUACUUUCAAUUUAUAAAUUGAUCUCCAGUGAUAUAAAUUGUUUCGCUGUUUGUAAAUGACAAAGCAGUUCCUUGGGUGUCAUCUAUUACUGUUACUGAUGUUAUUAUACCAACAGUUACUAAGCUAAAUAAAAUGCAUGUUUCUGACAAAAGAAAAUGGAAACAUAAAAGAAUUAUAAAACAAUUUUAUGCCUAUCAUAAAAAGAAAUUGACAAGGGACUUGAAAAAUUUGCCACGGCAUAAUGUAUGGAUCUUUGGCAACUUGUCUGUUGCCUAAAGUAAGUGUCUAAAUUGGAUUACGGUCUGAAAUUCACAUUUGACUUCUUCAUUUAAGAUUCAUGAUAGAGAGAAAAAUAAUGUGCUGAUGUAAACUGUUCAUUGAUGACAAAACUAAAUGCAUCUUUUGCCACCAUUGUCUUUCAGAAGUAUAAUCACUGAACUCGUAAAUGAGAAUCCUCAAUGUCAAUUGUGGAUAUGCUCACCACCACCACCUGCAUUAAAAAAAGAAAUAAUAUUUACAUUUACAGUGAAUUACAAAGGAGAUGCACAUGAAAACAGUUUUUCUUUCACCAGAUGAGAAGCCAGUAAUUCUCCCCCCUCAUUUAACAUAUUUGUAAAUUUUUUUCUUGCUGGUCUUUCUGUCCAUGAAACUUCACAAGAUAGCUGUUGUGAAAGACUACAGCAAUUAAUAUUACCUAGUUGUUACACAUUCACGGUGCUCAAAAUAUCAGGAAGUUAGAAUAAGUGUGCUAAACUUUAGCAAAUACCAGCAAUACAUAUUUUAGUUUUAGACAGAAGGAAGUUUAGUAAUAAUGCAAAAAUCUGUAAUAUAAAACUGAAGAUUUAGUUGAUAAACAUGCAGAUUUGUAUUAACUUUAUAUAAACAUUCUAGUUCUUGAUAUAUGGCAUAUUUUAUGCAUUAUGAAGCCUCUUGUUAGAUGAACUUUCAACUGUCAAUAAACUAACAGUACCUAACUUAUGUUAGUGUAUGCAACUCAGUGCUAUUAAGAGCCUGAUCAGUUUCUUUGUAACAAGAAGGGAGACAUUGUGAUGAAAAUGAACUGUGUGUGUCCUAGACUAUUCCUCCUGUGAUAAAAAAUCGAGAUGAAUAUGAAGUUGCUGAGAGGAAAGGAACUAUUUAACUACAGAAACAUUCAGAAGGAAUGGUUAUCUGAUCAGCGUGUCGCUUGGGAAGUAGUUGUUUCGUGAUGCAUAUGCCAACUUGAAAAGUUAUUGUGCAUGGAAAACAGUUUUGUGUUCUGCAGAUUCUUUAUCACUAUGGAAAAGCACUUACCAUGGUGGAAAUAUGCAAGUGUUAGUGAGAAAUAUGCUGAGUAAAAUACAAAAAAUAAGACCUAAAUUUCACAGCAGAUACUUUGUGAACUUCAAAUGUUAAGAUAAAAAUCAUCACCUAAUUUUUAGUAACUGACAGAAUUCAACUGGAAUUAAAAAAAAAUUACGUCACUGCUUUGGAAGUACUUGCUCAUAAUAUAAUAAGGGACUUUUGUGCUGCUUACAGAGCUCUUUUAUGUUUGGUAAUAACAACAAAGUAAAAUUCCAGUCCUGGGAGUUAGACCAGACGACUAGUUUUGAAAUGAUGACCCAAGCUUCUGGUUAUAAUGGCUUACACUUGGUAUUAAUCAAGAGUGAAAUGCAGUAGGAAAUGAUGAAAUGUGCAUAAUAUUACUGCAGUCAACUCAAUGGGUGACUCAUAGUUCUUGCUGUAGUAGGAGAGAUAUACAUUCCUUAAAGAAUAGAGAGAAAUACAGAACAUAAAACAGUCACUACUGGAGCAUCUCUGCUGUUCAAGAACAGGAAAUAAAGUCCUUCAAUUAGCUCAUAAACCAAUAUGUAUCCCACAUAUGCCAUUUAUUUCAAAAUACAAACUCCUUAUUCAUUAAUGCUAAGUUCCAACAAGUUCUGCUAAAAACAUCUAUUUUAAUGCUAAGAAAUUCUAUAUUUAUAUGAAACCGGAGUUCAGGACCAAUUUAUAUAAAACUAUACCAUGAGAGCAUAAAUGGAAAGUCACUGGGUUAUGUUUCAGCCUUUGACACCUGUCGUUUGGUCAGUUUUAGAAUUCUGUAUCGAGGAACAGUUACACUCUUUGGACUAUGAUCGAGUCCACAAUCUAUUUUACAUAAUAAAAAGUAGCAUAUAUGUCUUCUUAAACUUUUACAUUAAUGUAAUGUAUUUCCUGCUGACAAUUAUAAAGCUGAAUUAAUUUUUUUUGUAGGGUUCUAAGGGAACACACUAAAUUUUCAAGCAUGAGAAUAAUGGUUGUUUUCUAAUAACAUUAAAAAUUUCUGAAACAAGCUGUGCCAUUAUUAAGUAAUAUGUGCUGCCAAGACAGAAAACUGACAGAGUGUAAACUACAAACUGAAUAAUGAGAGAGUUCUAGUUGCAGAUGUGGACAUCAGUGACAAUAAAGAUGGCAAAAUAUUAAAAUUGUGAAUAAUACUUAUCAACAGUUUGUUACAAUUCUCAGUCAGUUAAUAUAUCACCACUAGCAAAACCUUAAAUCUAAAUCUUCUUAAAACUUGCAGGGAUUAUUAUUAGUAAUUUUUAUAUUUGUACAAGGGCAACAAAUUAUUAAUUUAGUGAAUUCAUUUUUUGAUAAUAUUUUAGAAUUGGAUACACAGACAUUGACUGAAUUUGCUAUCAAUUUUGAAGUACACAUAAAACUGAGUACAGGUGGUGGUGGUGAUGGUAAUGCUGCAUUACCAUCACCACCACAGCAAAUAAAUGGACAUCUUGGAAAUCAUGUUAUAGCUGUUACGUAGCUUUCAAUUGAUAUAUAAUGGCACAGUUUGUAAAUAUUAUUUAUAGUGAAACAUGUACUUCUCAACCUAAUGUCAAUUAGUUUCAGACUGAACUCAAGAAGAAGAAAUUUUCAAAGUUGGCAUUGCUAUAAUAAUAAUGCAAACUAGUAUGAAAUAUAUUGUAAGAAACCUAUAAAUUGUUAAACUUUGGAGUAAGUGAAUGUUUUCUCACAAGUCUUGAUUCAUGGUGUUCUUGAUCAAACUUGAUGAUGCAUAAUUUAUCUGGAAGCUCCUCAGCAGUUAAAGAACUGUGUGUUGUUUUAUUAAUUAACAUCAAUGUAUUGCAACUGAUCACUUCUUACUCACAGUAUCAUAUUUAGCUUCCAUAAUUUGUGUGUAUCUUACUUGUGGGAUAUGAUUUUCAGUUUAAAAUAAAAAACGCUUUACAUUUAGUGAAACAGAUAUUGUGCGUCUGUCAGGUGUUAAUAUUAAUCCAGUAAUAAUUGUUUGUGUGGCAUUUUCUGCAGUGAUGGUUAAAAUUAGAAAGAUUGUAUCUAAAUUUUAUGAAUAUUUAAAUACACAUUAUCUGUUGUA